AUGCCUGAAUUCAUCAAACUGAAGGCACCAAAUGGUCAAGAGUGGGAGCAGCCAACAGGGCUUUUCAUUGACAACGAGUUCGUCGACUCCUCAUCGCCGACAAACACCAUUUCUUCGAUAGAUCCCGCUACGGAAAAGGAGAUUGCUGUGGUACAGGCUGCCACUACAGAAGACGUUGACCGUGCUGUGCAAGCAGCAAAGAGGGCCUUGAAGAAUCCAGAAUGGAAGAACAUGUGUGUUACUCAACGCGGAAGGCUGAUGGCCAAACUGGCGGACUUGAUGGAGGAUAACAAGGAGCUUCUUGCAACCAUUGAUGCCUGGGACAAUGGCAAGCCUUACAGUGCAGCUCUCAACGAAGAUAUUCCCGAGUCCUUCUCAGCAAUCCGCUACUAUGCGGGCUGGGCCGAUAAGAUUUCUGGCCAGACAAUCAACACCACGCCUCAGAAAUUUGCAUACACACUACGCCAGCCCAUUGGAGUCGUCGCUCAAAUCAUCCCUUGGAACUACCCCUUGUCCAUGGCUUGCUGGAAACUCGGACCUGCUUUGGCGUGUGGUAACGCUAUCGUACUAAAAGCUGCAGAGCAAACGCCAUUGUCCAUCCUCGUCUUGGCCAAACUUAUCAAGCAAGCGGGCUUUCCCGCUGGCGUUGUCAAUAUUCUGAAUGGCCUUGGAAGGGAGGCAGGCGCUGCAUUAGUGCAACAUGCACUUGUCGACAAGGUGGCAUUCACUGGAUCGACAACUACCGCUACCCAGAUUAUGAAGAUGGCUGCGAUAGGGUUGAGGAACAUCACCCUAGAGACUGGAGGCAAAUCGCCGCUGAUCGUCUUCGAAGACUGCGAUAUAGAACAAGCAGUGCGAUGGUCGCACAUUGGCAUCAUGUCGAACCAGGGUCAGAUCUGCACAGCUACGUCGCGUAUCCUCGUCCAGGAGUCGGUGUUUGAGACCUUCAUCUCCCAGUUCCGCCAACAGAUCAAGAGCGUGUCCGUCAUCGGUGAUCAAUGGAGCGAAGAUACGUUCCACGGUCCUCAAGUCACCAGACAGCAAUAUGAACGCGUGCUGUCGUAUGUGGACAUCGGCAAGUCCGAAGGCGCUGAGCUAAUCGAAGGAGGAGAGGCAUGCGAGGGCAAUGGCUACUUCGUCAAGCCCACCGUAUUCACAAAGGUCAGCCCCAAUAUGCGCAUCUACCGGGAAGAGAUUUUCGGGCCUUUUGUGGUGAUUGCCACAUUUUCCACUGAAGAAGAGGCGGUAGCCCUAGCCAAUGACUCCAUCUACGGCCUUGGUAGCGCAAUCUUCACAAAGGAUCUUGAGAGAGCCCACAGGGUGGCUGCAGAGAUCGAGGCGGGCAUGGUGUGGGUGAACAGCAGCCAGGAUUGUGACUACCGGAUACCGUUUGGUGGUGUCAAGCAAAGUGGGAUUGGUCGUGAGCUUGGAGAGGCUGGCUUGGAAGCCUACUCCCAAGUCAAGGCUGUGCAUAUCAACAUGGGCAAUAAACUAUAA